AUGUGUCAUACACGCCGUCGCUUCCUGAUUGCAGGGGGACUGCGUCGUUCAGCAUUUCCGGGACGCGAAGAGCUCGAGUGAUGGUCAGUUCGCAGUCAGUCUCGCGGGUCGCCGAAGGAUCAUGUUGAUUCUCAUCUCACGGUUUAUAUUUAUGACGGCGGUGUGGCGCGUGGCGGAGGGGAAGGCACCACUUCCAUAUAGCUCAGAUGGAAAAUGUAACAACUUGACCUCUGAAUAUUACCACAAAGAACUGCAAAUAUGCUGCAGUAAAUGCAAACCAGGGACGCGUCUGCAUGUGCAUUGCACUAGGAAUUCAGACGCCGUCUGUGAACCCUGUCAACAAGGGCAGUACUCAGAAAAUUAUAACCAUUUUAAAAAUUGUUUCAGCUGUCCACAAUGUAAAGAUGAGAAAGGACUGGCUUAUGGCACGAAGUGCUCCGCUGAUACCAGAUCUGUUUGCGUUUGCAAGCCUGGAAUGUUCUGUUCUGUUUUCCUUUCUGAAUGUGAGGAAUGUAGAAAAUAUAAAUCCUGCAAACCUGGUGAAUACACAGCCAGAAAAGGAACACCUAAAAAUGAUGUCAAGUGUGCACCGUGUCCACCUGGAACGUUUUCAAACCACAUUAAUGCUGAGUCCUGCCAACCACACACACAAUGUGAAGGUGGUUCAGUUUUAAGACAAGGCAACUCUACAGCUGACACACUGUGUGAUGUGACACCACCCCCUUCAACAACAACAGAGGUUUCUCUUCAGACUUCAUCCAAGCAUCCUCAUUCUCGCUUAAGAGGACCGAGUAGUGUCUGGAGUCAAACGGAGGAAGCACAGCCCACGAACACAACCACCACACCAUCUCUGCUUCCAUCAAGCAGCACGACAGCAAGCAAAACCACAACAAGCUCUGACAUAGAUACCCCAACUAUAAUCUACUGCACUGUUAUAGUUUGUGGUGUUCUGGUUUUGCUGACGCUGGCAGUGAUGGUGAUUACUUGCAAGUUACGAAAGAGAAAAGCAGGUAUAAAAAAGGUUCCGGUCGCAGGGGGCAACAAGCUAGUGCAGGAUUCCUCAGAGAGCGGCACACUUGAUCAUCACUGUCUAUUACACGCUGACAAGUGCCAGAAGGAACCCUCCAUGACUUCAUCGGACAGCCAGAGUCAGCCAGACUCCAGCCAGAGUCACAGCAGCGGUGAUUGGCUGGAACGCACCAGCCAGGAGGAAUCCAUACCGGAGCAGCUGUCUGUUUCCAGCCCGUUAGUUAAUCUCAGCAUCACGGCCACCUUCAACUGCCAGGUGAAUCCGACGACAGCUUCCUGUUCCAUCCCUCUGAACCCAUCUACACUGACACCCCAUAUUGAAGCUCCGGUACCGCUUUCUCAAGAGGAGGUCUGUAUAUCCUGCCAACAGGAGGACGGCAAAGAAGCUCUGCAGUCAGUGCAGGAGAGCAGCCCGUGUGCCUUCUGAUAAGAUGAACUGAUAAAAUGUAUAGCCUAAGUUUAGAUAAAUGUAUUUGCCAAAUGCCCGAAUGCAAUGAAAUGUUACACAGGGAUUUAAAAGACAUUUAUUGCAUUUUCAAAUGUAAGGCUGAUAUACAAAAUAGCUUAUGUUAGUACUUAAAGGGACCGUUCACCCAAAAAUAAAAAUUCUGCCAUUAUUUACUCGCCCUCAAGUUCUUCCAAACCUGUACGAGUUUCUUUCUGUUGUUGAACACAAAAGAAGAUAAUGUUGGUAACCAGACAGUUGACGGUAGCCAUUGACUUCCAUAGAAUUAUUUUCCUACUAUGGAAGUCAGUGGGGUCUAUCAAUGGUUUGGUUACCAAAGAAAGAAACUCUUGCAGGUUUGAAACAAGUUGAGAAUUUUAAUUUUUGGGUGAAAUGUCCCUUUAUGAGUUAAUUAGGGGUUACCGAUAUGUUUUUCACCAUCUGAUGCUCAUAUCGCUUGACCUCCGGUGUGAAUUCUUUACAUUAGUGACGUUUCAUUGUUAUAAAGCUUUAUGAUUACGUAUUUAGUAAUUGUCUUUGACAUUUGACCCAUAAAAUGCUCCUCCCUGAUGAUACUUAAAGGGUUAGUUCACCCAAAAAUGAAAAUAAUGUAAUUUAUUACUCACCCUCAUGUCGUUCUACACCCGUAAGACCUCCGUUCGUCUUCGGAACACAAAUUAAGGUCCAUAAAGGUACUAAAAACAUAUUUAAAACAGUUCAUGUGAGUUAAGUGGUUCUAUCUUAAUAUUAUAAAAUGACAGGAAUACUUUUUGUGCGCCAAAAAAACAAAAUAAAGACUUUUCAACAAUAUCUAUAUGGGCCGAUUUCAAAACACUGCUUCAGAGCUUUACGAAUCGAAUCAGAGCGCCAAAGUCACAUGAUUUCAGCAGUUUAGUCGUUUGAUAGGAGAUCCGAAUCACUAAUUCGAAACAAAAGAUUCAUAAAGCUCAGAAGCUUCAUGAAACAGUGUUUUGAAAUCGGCCCAUAGAGAUAUUGUUGAAAAGUGGUUAUUUUGGGGUUUUUUGGCGCACAAAAAGUAUUCUUGUCGCUUUAUAAUAUUAAGAUAAAACCACUGAACUCACAUGAACUGUUUCAAAUAUGUUUUUAGUACCUUCAUGGACCUUGAGAGUUUGAAUGGCCUUAUUGAGCCAUCGGAUUUCAUCAACAAUAUCUUAAUUUGUGUUCCGAAGAUGAAUGAAGGUCUUAUGGGUGUAGAACGACAUGAGGGUGAGUAAUUAAUGGCAUUAUUUUUUGGGGGGGGUGAACUAUCCCUUUAAAGGAUUAGUUGACUUCUGAAUGAAAAUUUCCUGAUAAUUUACUCACCUCCAUAUCAUCCAAGAUGUUCAUGUUUUUCUUUCUUCAGUCGAAAAGAAAUUAAGGUUUUUGAGGAAAACAUUCCAGGAUUUUUCUCCAUAUAGUGGACUUAACUGGGUUAAACAGGUUGAAGGUCCAAAUUGCUGUUUCAGUGCAGCUUCAAAGAGCUCUACAUGAUCCCAGACGAGGAAUAAGGGUCUUAUCUAGCAAAACAAUCGGUCAUUUUAAAAAAAAAAAGUAUAUAUUUUUUAACCACAAAUGCUCGUCUUGCACUGCUCUGCGAUGCACCACGCAUUACGUUGAAAGGUCACGCGUGACGUAGGCAGAAGUACCGCGGUAGGGUGAAAAACUUCAUCUAAUUUAUCAGGAAAUUUUCAUUCAGAAGUGAACUAAUCCUUUAAAGGGAUAGUUCAUCCAAAAAUGAAAGUUGUUCCAAACCUGUAUGAGUUUCUUUGUUCUGUGGAAAUUAAAAGGGUAUGUUCUGAAGAAUGUUGGUAACCACACAGUUUCUGGUCCCCAUUGACUUCCAUAGUAUUUUUUUUCAUACUAUGGAAGUCAAUGGGGACCAACAACUAUUUGAAUACCCACAUUCUUCAAAAUGUCUUCUUUUGUGUUCAACAGAGCAAAGAAACUCAACUACUUGGGGGGUGAGUAAAUGACAAAAUUUUCAUUUUCAUCCCUUUAAUGAAUAGUAAACAGAUUUGUUUAGAUAUAUGAAGCUAGCGCCACCCAGUGGUUAUUUUCUCUACCUCCCUUGCAAAUCUACAAGGUGUUUUACUGUCCUAUUGUUUUUUCCCAUGACAAUAAAUAGACUCCGUGAAUGUGUUUUUAGGGAUUACAUGAGAUGAAUGAGAAGUAGAACCUUCUGUUACAGCACGUGUUGUCCAAAUCUUUUGAUAGAUUACAAUGGAGUCAACAUACUGUAUAUUUUGCAAAGCCAAGUAUUUUACCAAAGAUGAUAGAUAUGUAUAUAGUUAUUUUUAUAUGUUUUAAACUUGUAAAUGAAUUGUUGUCAUUGUAAAAAAAAAAUUGUAUAUAUACGUAUAAAACACAAUGUUAUUAAUAA